AAGAAAAAGUUGGGUUCUCGUGGUCGCCAUCAAUCAGUAGCCACAGUUGUUGUUCCCUCCGGAGAAAUUCAGCCAAUUCGAAAAUGGAGAUGACGACGCAUCACACAAACACAUAGUUCUCUCUUUCUUCCCUUCUUCUACCUUCCCCUCAUUCACUUUCUUCUUCUACGGGGUUUGCUUGCACGCCAAUUUCAUCUUGAAGAUCGAUCGAAAACCCUUGUUUUUAAGGGUUAAAGGGGUAUCUUGGUUUCUGCUGUUGAUGUUGGAAAGACAAUUCGUGGAUAAGAUGUGAAUCUCUUUCGAUACGAAGAGAUUGAUAAGAUGGAACAUGACGAGGCAAGCUGUCAAGCUCCCCCUGAGGGUCCCUUUCUAUGCAUCAACAACUGUGGCUUCUUCGGAAGUGCAGCUACUAUGAAUAUGUGUUCUAAGUGCCACAAGGACUUGAUGUUGAAACAAGAACAGGCUAAACUGAGUGCUUCGACUCUUGGAAGUAUCAUGAAUGGAUCAUCUAGUUCUAACCAAAAUGAAACCUUUGCCACCGCUAGUGUGGAUGAGCCAGUUAGCUUGGUGGAGCCUAAGAUCACGUCAAUGCAGGCAUCCCCCAUGGUUGUUUCUGAUGAGAACAGUGGAGCGAAGCCAAAGAACAGGCCUGGACGUUGCAACAGUUGUAACAAGCGAGUUGGAUUAAUGGGAUUUGACUGUCGUUGUGGUAACAUCUUCUGCGCCGUUCAUCGUUACUCUGACAAACACAAUUGCCCCUUCGAUUACCGCACUUCUGCUCAGGAUGCAAUUGCUAAAGCCAACCCGAUUGUGAAGGCAGAGAAGCUUGAUAAGAUCUAAGUGCAAAUCAGGCUAAAGGUGGGUUCGAACCCUUAUAAUGUGUUGAUCAUUGUCAUCAUCAUCGCCUAGAUGAUUUCUGCUUUGCUGCAUGCAUAUCUUGUAACCUGUUGUGUAUUGUUAUAUUUGGAGGGGAGGGUAUGGCAAAAUCGUUGCAUCUUUGCAUCUUUGCAGUCUGAAAGAAAAUGUAGGAAGGCAGUAGGCCGGUUUCGUUAUUUUUCUUGUUCUUACAACGGUUUAAAGUUAUCAACAUUAGCGUGUUACGUUACUGUAUCGUCAUAAAGUGUCUUGAGGAAUACAUAUAUGAAUGCAUGCUGUCCUUGUUUGAUUUGUUUAUGAGCAUCAGUUGCACUCUAAA